GGUGGGCUAGUGAGGAUUUAACACAAGUGGAAGUUGAUUUUGGAAAGUUCUGAUUUUUAUGGAUGUAUAAUGUAUUGGACUGGGAGUGAUUAUAUAUAAAUAUAUUUUAAUAUUAUUAUAUGUUGGUUAGAGGAUAGGGAAAGGAUGAAAAUGGGGUUUAAAACAUUUGGAGGGGAGGGUAAGAAGGGGAUUGAGAAGUUGACAGCUUCAAUGGUUUCUAAGUCUGGAAUGAAGCUAUGGAUGAUUAGAGCUACUACCUCAAUUUUGUUAUGGACUUGCUUUGUUCAAUUGUCAGCUUUGAGUGAGUUGUGGGGGCCUAGGGUUUUAAAAGGCUGGCCUUCUUGUUUUUCUCAUGAUUCUGCUGCAUUGGAUGUUAUGAUCACUCCGGUGCUUCCGGCUAGAGUCCUUCCUCCUAAGAGGGUGUAUAAGAACAAUGGCUAUCUGAUGGUUUCAUGCAAUGGGGGGCUUAACCAAAUGCGAGCAGCGAUCUGUGACAUGGUUGCUAUAGCAAGAUAUUUGAAUGUUACACUUAUUGUUCCUGAGCUGGAUAAAGUUUCUUUCUGGGCUGAUCCAAGUGAGUUUCAAGACAUAUUUGAUGUCGACUAUUUCAUUUCAUCCUUGAGGGAUGAGGUUCGGAUACUGAAGGAGCUGCCUCCAAGAAUCAAGAGGAGAGUGGAACUAGGACUGUUUUACUCGAUGGCCCCCAUCAGUUGGUCUGACAUCUCCUACUAUCAUAAUCAAGUUCUUCCUCUGAUCCAAAAAUACAAAAUAGUGCAUUUGAAUAGGACUGAUGCUCGGCUUGCCAACAAUAAUCAGACACUAAGUAUACAAAAGCUCAGAUGCCGCGUAAACUUCAAUGCUCUGAGAUUUACUUCUCAGAUAGAGGAGUUGGGCAGAAGGGUAAUCAAGCUUUUAAGACAGAAUGGUCCUUUCCUGGUACUUCAUCUCAGAUAUGAAAUGGACAUGUUAGCAUUUUCAGGCUGUAGCCAGGGAUGCAGCAAUGAUGAGGUGGACGAGUUAACAAGGAUGAGAUAUGCCUACCCAUGGUGGAAAGAGAAAAUUAUAGAUUCGGAAUUGAAAAGAAAGGAUGGUCUAUGUCCAUUAACCCCCGAGGAAACUGCUCUUACACUAAAGGCAUUGGACAUUGAUCGUGAUAUCCAAAUAUACAUUGCCGCAGGAGAAAUAUAUGGUGGAGAAAAACGAAUGGCUAGUCUUACAGCUUCUUAUCCAAAAGUGGUCCGAAAGGAGACUCUUUUGGGUUCAUCAGACCUGGGAUAUUUUCAGAACCACUCGUCUCAAAUGGCAGCACUGGAUUAUCUUGUUUCAUUGGAGAGCGAUCUGUUUGUUCCAACAUAUGAUGGAAACAUGGCCAAAGUUGUUGAAGGCCACCGCAGAUUUCUUGGUUUCAAGAAGACAAUAUUACUGGAUAGAAAACUAUUGGUUGAUUUAAUAGAUCAAUACAAUCAUGGAUCCUUAAGUUGGGAAGAGUUCUCUAGUGCUGUUAAGGAAGCCCAUGCUGAUCGCAUGGGGAGUCCCACCAAAAGAUUGGUGAUUCCUGACAGACCUAAAGAGGAAGAUUAUUUCUAUGCCAACCCCGAAGAAUGUUUGCAGUUAUCAGAAAUAUCAGAAGCAAGAUUAGAUGUUGUAUAAAUGCCUCUUGGCACCCGUCGUGUUGACUAGUGAGCUACAACGUCCAUUUGCCCUUUUAGGGAUCAGUGUGCCAUUGUCGGUGAAGGAGAAAUUUGCUCGGGGCAGGAACUAAAAGAAAAUUAGAAGAAACGAGAAUCCGUCCCUUGAAAAGGAAUGUCGGGGCCAUGUGAACUUUCAUGUAAAAUAUUGAUUGUAUUAGUAUCUAGGAAUUGUUUUAAUGUAUAGAAAAGUGCCCUACCAUUACAGGAUGAUAUCGAACUCAUUCGCCAUUCAUGGUACACAACUGGAUGCAUAUGGUAAACGUUCGUUCAUUGUCCUGUGUUAAAUGUGUAAUCAGGUCUGUAAACAUACAUAUCAUCAAUAUAAUUUAUCACAUUAUAGAUGCUUC